AUGAAUUUCAGUUGGCUACCUUGCCUGACCCAGCGCCAUGUUGGUUCCAAGGAGGAAAAGGCUACAUGGGGAUGUCUCAUAUAUCGCACCACCUACACUCCCCAGUCAGACGUUGCAUUUCCUCAGCUUGUCGAUAUACUCAACUUCUAUAUGAAUGACGGAUCGAUCGCCGAGUAUGGUCCGUCGGAGAAAAACAAGGUCUUCGGUGCUGAAGCUACUUCAUAUCACGAGUGCUCUCCCCAGUAUCCACCGGUCCUCAUGGACGAUCGAACGAUGUUUGAUGGAGCGUCGAUGGACUCCAUCCGAGCUCAUUGCCUGUCAUGGGUUGAGAAACGGGAAAAGCGAGAUAACAUCACCAUGUAUCCCACUUGCAUAGUGGUUGACGAGGAGGCUCUGCAAAGUUUCUUGUAUACUUCACCUCCGCAAGGAGACUCAAAAUCGGAUAAAGUGAGGAAUAACCCAAUGCGCUUUGUCAAAGUGAUCGCACCACCGGAGAUCGAUGAGUAUGAUGGUUUCAUGGGCGAGGGCCUCGAAUCUCUCGGGCGUGCGAGCAGUGUCGAGGGCGAAAAGUUCGAUGUGAUGGGCAGAGACCCUGUUCCGGCUGCCGGGGCGGCGGGGCCGCUUGUCUAUACAGCUCGGGGCCACGACGCAGGCGAGUUGCUGGCAACUCUCGCAAUGAUCAACUUCAAGAGACUGCAAGAGCUUCGUGCUGGAAUCGGAAUUUCAAACAGCGACACCGGUGCCUUUCAAUUCUACGGCCCGUCAUCGCACUUUUGUUUCGUCCAACGCAUCUACCAGCGGAUCAGUCGAAAAACGCAUGAGCCAUUUUUAACCCCAACAAGCGAUCCCCUACCAGGUGGUGUGCAGAAGUGGGGGCUGGAAAGGUUCAUGUUCUCAGUGGGCGCGGACCACGAUGAGGGCAAAUGCCUGCCAGAUGCUUUCUUUUCCUACGAGACGGGGGCUCUUUUUCUUGAUGCAUACUUUGAUGUCAUCCACCCACAACUCCCCAUCCUCGCCCACGCAGAAAUAUUGGAUGUCUGGAAUACUCUGCAACAGCCGCCUAGCAAGAGAAAGCCCAACGAUAGAGAAGCCAUUUUGUUCAUGGUAUUCGCCAUUGGAUCCCGGGUAUCCAGCUUCGAAGGCAAACAGGACGCCUCAUCAUCGGAAGCAUGGGCAGAUUAUUUCUUCCACAAAGCUAACGACUCAGUAAAGUCCGAGGAUGCAAGUCUGCGGCUUGUCCAUUUCUAUCUUCUAAAGGCAGUAUACAACUAUCAAGUCAUGCGGCCCAACGAAGCGUAUAUUCUUCUCGGUCAUGCGGCGCGCAUCGCCCAUGCGCUUGGUAUCAAUCGAGCUCAAGUCACCGAAGGGGCCACAAUGGCGAUGCACCGACUCCGGCUUACAUUCUGGACAGUGUACUCCCAGGAAAGGGUUUGUUCCUUAUACGCUGGCCGCCCCUCCACGUUCCGAGAUGAGUUGAUAGAUACUUCUCUGCCUGAAGAUCCUACGUUCUGUGACCUGUCCCAAACGGAGAGAACCUGCAAAUACAUGCAGCCCACGAUAAGAUGUGGCAUGGCCCGGGCGAUGGCCUCCAUAGCAAAAAUAUCCGAUCGUGUAUUGGUGGAGAUAUACUCCAGAAAUAUUCUCAACACGACAGAUCUCUUACGAGUCCAUCAAACUGCCCUUGAAUGUGACGCCGAGCUAGCGUCUGUGACACGGACGCUUCCACCCUAUCUCCACUUCUUUGAUGAUCAUCUGCCAAUAGGUCAAGGCUGGCAAGAAGUCCAACGCGCUCUUCUCGGAUGCCAUUAUUACCUGGUACGCAUGCUAAUGCAUCGGCCUGCUCUGGUUUAUGCCACCUUUUACAAAUCCAAGGCAGAAGCAGAGGACCAGGCAGCUGGCGCGAUGAAAGUCCAAGAGUCUAUUGAUUUAUCGGUCUCAUCAGCAAAGCGCACGGUUGACCUGACUUACACCACCUUCUUCCAUCGGUAUCCGAAUGUCAAGUUUGAUGGCUCUCUAGCGGCGUUUUUGGUUUCAGCUUGUGUGACCCUGUUGUAUGACGUCUUAGAUCCAGAAACGACCCACGAGUAUGCACGGGACACAUUCACCGUGGUUGAUCGUGGUAUUGAAUGCUUGGACCAGAUCCAACACGUUGGACAGACAACCGGAAAAGCUCUUAGCCUGGAUGUCAUGAAAUUUGCCAAGGAUGCCUUCUUGUCUACUCAAAAUCAAAGUAUUCUGGACGACGAUUUAAUCGGCUAUUUCCCUUGGCUUCACGAGACGGGUCUGCGGGGCGAGCAUGGUGACAUCACGGGGAUGGAGCCCCAACCAUUUGCAGAGAAUUCCUCAACCGCCACGGCUCGCCAAAGUGGUGAUACCAGGAGCGAUUUGCUGGAUUCAUUGAUUGCAGCCCCAGAGGUGAAUUACGUACCUCAUUGGCUGGAAGCAGGUUUUGAACAACAGGAUGUACCCGAGUGUCUUUAUUAA